AUGUCAUCACGACCACCCUCAUUCCUCCUCCCCAACUCCCCAUCCUGUCGAGUAAUCGACCGCUUCAGCGACUUACCCGACAACUCACCCAUCAAUGAAGACUCAGAAGGCAAAAUCCCAUUCUGGCCUCUUCUUCAUCACUUGAUCAGUAAGCCGGUCUUAAGUAUCUCGUUACUUAUAGACCGGCUCCAAACGAUUGCCGCCAACGCAGAAACGUACCCAGACGGCGACUUCGGUUUCUUGGAGCAGUUCUUGAAAGAGCAAGACGAAGAUAAGAUUAUUUAUACUAUAUGGCCUAAGAUUCGACAAAUUGCUCUUGAUAUUGCGGUGUAUUUUCCGAGUGGAGAGCUUGAGCUGCUUCGGCCUGGGUGUCCGUUGAGGUUGAGUCGUGGGCAAGCAGCUUGUCUUGUGGUUCAUCAGUUUCUUUGUUCGUUUGUGCCCCAACGGAAUGAUGAUGGGUAUCAGGAUCUAGGCAUUUGGCAUUCAGAGGAACAGAGACAUCCCGCUGCGGCGAGAAUGUACUUGGAAGCUCUGUUUGCGUACUUUGAGAGUCUACCUUCUGCGAAAGAAUUGAUAGAUGAUCAUCUAGCUGGCCACAAUACUGUCGCUUACGAACUUCAUCAGAACAGUCAAGCACAGUUGGCCGAUCCCAAGUUGGGACCAGUCCAUGUUAAGUACCUGGACGUCCACACAUCAGAUACACAUCACUCUUACACUCAGGGAAAAGGAGGAGCAGUCGUCGUCUCUUCCAACAAAGUCAUUGGCUUCGGGCAGUCAGCUACCCAGGAGGAGGUAUUCGUUGGAAUUGCACCUGAAGCAUACUCCGUUGUUCUGGUAGCGCCGCAUUUAACGGACGACACUGUCAUCACUGUUUCAGGUGCGAGAGCGAUGGUGGAUGUUAGAGGUCAGAGACGCAAUAUCGAAUGGAACAUCCGUACCGUAGCCAAUGACUCGGAAGGAGGACGUCUCGUUUUCAUGGAUGCGCUGGAGAUGGACAUGGUAGAACGCUCAUCAGAUAAUGACCUGCCAGAUCUAUACCCCGAGAACAUUGACCGCGAACUUAACAAGGCAAUCAACGGGUUUACUUCCUACAAUGGUGAUUCAAUCUUCACCGGACUUUGGGGCUGCGGUGCUUUCGGUGGCGAUCCAGGAGUUAAGCUUAUGAUUCUUUGGCUGGCGGCAGGGGCAGCUAAUGUUGAAUUGCAUCUAAUACUGGGACCGGGAGAACAUGAUCUCGGCAAGAGGCUUGAGGAGGCAGCCAAGGCUUGCGAUGGUAUGACUUUGAAUGAUGUGCGAGAGCUAUUAUUUGCUGUUCCGAUGGGGUUACGAAAGGAAGAAAUCUUGAAGUGGAUUGCGGAAGCGGCUUCAGGGGCUUCUCGACAGAUUGAAGGAUAG